AGACUAGGCAGCAUGGUCUCCGACCUUAGCCUGUUCCACAACGGAACAAACGUACUAAAAAAAAAAACAUUUCAUAAACACGAAAAAUUUUUCCGUAAUCUGCGAACGUUUAUUAUUAUUCUUUUUAUAAAUACAUUUAUCAUCAAUAAACGAAAUAAAAAUAGUAAUAUGUCAAAUGAAUGUGAAAAGGAACAGCUUUUAUUACACCACGUACAACAGCUAUUGUGUACAACCCGCCUGCCUUACAGGCAAGGAAGGAAACUGACUGCUGUUAAGGUAUAUACAAUCAACAACGAAUCCAACCAUCUCCUCAUCUUCGGAGUCCCAUCGUUGAAUCUACGGCAAGAGACCAAAGCGUUGUUUGCUAAAUUCGGCAAGCUCCUUCAAUUCAAUCUAACGAAACACCAGUCAGAACAAUUCACGGAAACAUACCAUGCAAGGUACGAAAAAAUACAAUCAGCUAGAGUGGCCAAACGGAUGGUGGACACGAAGAAUUUUUACGGUGGCUCGUUGCAUGUGUGUUACGCACCCGAAUUUGAAGACAUCAACGAAACGAGACAAAAAUUGUCACAACGGAAACGAGAUGUUUUGUUUCGUUCGAGAAACAUACAUAACGAUGCUAUAGCUGAGAAGGACAGAGAGGAAUUGCUUAAUAAAAAUAUAGAAAAUACAAAUAAAGAAGGAGAAAUCGAGAAGAAUGUAAAUAAUUCAAAUAAAAGAUUAUUAAAUAUGGGUGAGGUUAACACGAUAUAUAAUGAAAAUAGAGUAACAAAGAAGAAAAGAGAGAUAAAAGAGGAUGCUGCAACAGAGAAUGAGUUUAAACCGUGUUAUGUUAACGAAAAUAAAAAAGUUUACAGUGGCAACACUAAAAUUGGUAACAAAGAUAGAGAAUUAAGUUCUAACAGUAGUAAAAAAGUAAAUAAUGAUAGAAUUAGUGACAAUAUUGAAGUAGUUGACUGUACAUCAGUUGAUAACGAAGUUGUAACAAAUAUAAAUGAAAGCUUAAACUACAAGAGUUUCGGUAACGAAGUAAUCAAGAGAGUGCCUGAGAAAACAUUAAAUGUAAUUAAAUUUAAUAUUACAAAUAAAAAUACAUGAUUUAAAAUACAUUCUUUUUUUACAACACCA